AUGACGCUGCAAGAGAAGAACGAGGAGAUCUCGGCGCUACACUUCGACUCUUCCGAGGGAAGGGGAAGUUCAGUGCAGAAUGGCAACAACGGCAUUGGUAACGGCAUUGUCAAUGGCAACGGCAACGGCAACGGCACCACCAGAGAAGUCCCCGAGGAUGCUCUACACAGAGACUUCUUCGAGAGUAUUCCUCUGUUUGCCACCUUAUUCGGCAUCACCUUCUCUUACCUGGCCGUGUUUGCGGCGCCCCUGCUGGUAUCUGUCGGGCUGCCGGUGCUUGAGCAGACUUUUGGAACCACCCCCGAUUCCGUCUUCAUUCCUGCCUCCAACACCAUCGGCCAAUGUGUGGCCCUCUUCGUCGUCGGCCGCCUAUCCGACUCGUUUGGUCGACGGUGGUUUGUGGUUUUCGGAAACAUCCUGUCCAUGAUCGGCUACAUGGUGGCGGCACGAGCAUACAACACGUCUGUCAAUAUUGGUGGAUCUUUCCUCUUCGGACUCGGCGCCGGAGUCCAAUUGCUCACCAUCAUGUUCGCGUUGGAGCUGGUACCCUUCAAUCGACGAUACCUGACGUACGCGUAUAUUCUGUCGGCUUGGGGACCCAUCCUCGCCAUUGCAGCGGGAAUAGUCUUCACAUUCGUCGCCACGGCCGAAGAUUCGUGGCGCUGGAUCGCCUACUUUGCAUUCAUCACCUCGUUCGUCAGCCUUGUCUUCACCCUGGUUCUGUACCAUCCCCAACCCAUCUCCGACACGCAUCCUGCCGCGAAGAGAGAAGUGGCCACCAAGACCGACUGGAUAGGCACCGUGGUCUGGACCGGCAGUACCGUCUCUUUCCUGCUGGGCAUCUAUCUCGGAGGCCAGAGAUAUCGUGAGUGA